UGGCAUGCGCAUAAUACAGAGGAAGACCAGUGUUUAGCAGACGGCAUUAAAUUGUAAACAUUAGCAACCCGGGCGACUACUUUCUGUCUUUGGAAUGGAAAUAUAAGGUCAACCCAAGGUGUGGGACCAAACAUUGUUCUUCAGUGCAUGGACGCAAAGCCAAUGCGCAGGGUCACCAGCGCACGCCAAGACGCCACUGGAAUGGACAUCACCAGCCGCUGUACUCUGGGGGACCCCAACAAGCUCCCUGAAGGGGUCCCCCAGCCUGCACGCAUGCCCUAUGUCUCGGACAAACACCCCCGACAGACCCUGGAGGUGAUCAACCUGUUGAGAAAACACCGUGAGCUCUGUGAUGUGGUGCUGGUGGUGGGUGCCAAGAAGAUCUACGCUCACCGCGUGAUUCUGUCUGCCUGCAGCCCCUACUUCAGGGCGAUGUUCACUGGAGAGCUGGCUGAGAGCAGGCAGACGGAAGUGGUUAUCCGUGACAUCGAUGAGAGAGCCAUGGAGCUGCUCAUUGACUUUGCCUACACCUCCCAGGUGACAGUAGAGGAGGGAAAUGUCCAGACGCUGCUCCCUGCGGCUUGCCUUCUCCAGCUGGCUGAGAUCCAGGAGGCCUGCUGCGAGUUCCUCAAGAGGCAGCUGGAUCCCUCCAACUGUCUGGGCAUCAGGGCCUUCGCAGACACACACUCCUGCCGCGAGCUGCUGCGCAUUGCAGACAAGUUCACCCAGCACAACUUUCAGGAGGUAAUGGAAAGUGAGGAGUUCAUGCUGCUGCCUGCCAACCAGUUGAUUGACAUCAUUUCGAGCGAUGAGCUCAAUGUGCGGAGCGAGGAGCAGGUUUUUAACGCUGUGAUGGCCUGGGUGAAAUACAGCAUCCAGGAACGCAGACCACAGCUGCCCCAGGUCCUGCAGCAUGUCCGUCUGCCGCUGCUCAGCCCCAAGUUCCUGGUGGGCACCGUUGGGUCCGACCCUCUUAUUAAGAGUGACGAGGAGUGCAGAGACCUGGUUGAUGAGGCGAAGAAUUACCUGCUGCUACCGCAGGAGAGGCCACUGAUGCAGGGCCCCAGAACCCGGCCGAGGAAACCCAUCCGCUGUGGAGAGGUACUCUUUGCAGUUGGUGGUUGGUGCAGCGGUGACGCCAUUUCCAGCGUGGAGCGUUACGAUCCCCAGACCAACGAGUGGCGGAUGGUGGCGUCGAUGAGUAAACGCCGAUGUGGCGUCGGAGUCAGUGUUCUGGAUGACUUGCUGUAUGCGGUGGGAGGUCACGACGGCUCGUCGUACCUCAACUCUGUGGAGAGAUAUGAUCCUAAGACCAAUCAGUGGAGCAGUGAUGUGGCCCCCACUAGCACUUGUCGCACCAGUGUAGGAGUGGCUGUCCUCGGUGGUUAUCUGUAUGCUGUCGGGGGACAGGAUGGGGUUUCCUGUCUCAACAUUGUAGAAAGGUAUGAUCCUAAGGAGAACAAAUGGACUCGUGUGGCCUCCAUGAGCACCAGGCGACUGGGUGUAGCUGUGGCUGUGCUGGGGGGCUUCCUGUACGCUGUAGGAGGGUCUGAUGGGACGUCACCAUUAAAUACAGUGGAACGCUACAACCCUCAAGAGAACCGCUGGCACACGGUGUCUCCGAUGGGAACCAGGAGAAAGCACCUCGGCUGUGCCGUCUACCAGGACAUGAUCUACUCUGUCGGGGGGAGAGACGACACCACAGAGCUGAGCAGCGCUGAGCGAUACAACCCCAGGACAAACCAGUGGUCUCCUGUAGUGGCCAUGACGUCCAGACGGAGCGGGGUGGGCCUGGCUGUAGUAAAUGGUCAGCUGAUGGCAGUGGGAGGCUUCGAUGGGACGACGUAUCUUAAAACUAUAGAAGUCUACGACCCUGAUGCAAACACAUGGAGGUUGUACGGAGGAAUGAACUACCGCCGGCUAGGUGGGGGGGUGGGCGUCAUUAAAAUGACUCACUGUGAAUCCCACAUAUGGUAACACCAACAUCUCCCCCCACCACCUCCUCACACACACUUCUCAUCACGUUGCAAUGGAUGCCUCUUCACCAACUCUUGUGCCUCCAAAAGAGACGCUGUAAUUCAUGCGAGCAUGAGAAAACCACGCGGGGACACAAGGCGGAAAGAGGAAACUUUGAACACUAGUUCAUCCCCAUCCCCACUGUGAGGAAUACCCUGGUUGUCCUCAUUGAUUGACCACGGUCUCCAUGAAGUGCACUGAGAGCAGAGGUCUACUAAUGACCUCACCAAGUUUUCACCCUCCAAGGUGUGUGGCGGGACUCAACUCGACCCUAUUGCUGCUGAGGGAGAUCAGCUUACGUUUGUUGGAAGAUGCUUUUUCUUUCAGCCUGUCCAACUGUGAAAGCCUCUAUCACCUUCCCUUGUGUUAAAAUGCCAGAUCCCCAAAUUCUGGUGGAAGUAAAAAAACAAACAAAAAACAGCCAGGGGACCAGCAAACCUUCUGUUCAUUGUGUGAGAUUGAUUAUUUCCUGGAGACACAACAGUCCAUCCUGACUGUCAGAGGUAAAUCCACGUAAAAUUUUACGUACAUCUCAGCUGUCACAUCUCUGGGCCUCAUUUGUAGCAUUAAGCAGUGGAAAGCCAGUCAGGCAGUUAUCUUCUGAAAGUAGACACCCAGAUAGAAUGAAUCUCAAUUUUUUUUUACUGGGCAAGAUGGGUAGCAUUAGAAGGAUGUGUACGAGGAAGUCACAACAUUUUCUCCCAAUCUUAGGCUCUGCUGCUGCAGUUUACAGGAGGUUACUGUGGCUGUUUGGGACGUUGGGUGAUAAAAGAUUUCAGUUCAGAUGCUGACUGUGUUUUUAAAGGAUCGCCUUUAUGAAAAGGACUUAGACACCAGAGUCAUCCAAUGGUGUUGCUGUUUAUUUUGUAUUUUUUUUUUGCAUAUGUCAAAUGGGAAUAACGGUGUGCAUUUUCAGAACGGCAUUCCUGGUGUUGCAUUCAGUUUUACACUCUAACAUUGCUUUGUAAAAGGAAAAAGAAGAAGCUUUAAAGGUCAAACCUUGCCUAGUUCCACACACCUGGCCAACCGUUGUGUAGUAAUGGUGUGAUUGUUGCAUUCUCGUUUUCAGGAAGUUAAAGAAAAUUGUCCCCUGGGUUCUGCUACGAAAAGGGGGUUUUAGACCCUUUUGAGAUGAUCUGACGAGCACUUAGUUUGAGGCAUACUGAAACCUCAAGGCUGUGAUCAGACAGAGCGCGUUGCAGGUUGCAAAAUGUGAGGCGCACCACACUGCCAGACAGAGCCAUGCCACUUGCGUAUUUUUGUUAUUCUUGCUAUGCAACCAUCAAAAUCACCCGUCCUCAGCCAACUGUUAUUUUGCUGUGAAGUGAAAGAGCUUUUCCAUUCGGAGUCAAAGUUUUAUUUUUUAUUUACUCGAGGCAUUCACGGCCGACCUGCCAAAACACGAGGCCACAUAGAGCAGCAAAACGCGAGGCGAUCAGCCAUGCAAAAACGCCGAGCAAAAUCCUUCACCCUCAACUCCAACAUUACAAAAAGCCGCCCCAGGCUGCUAAAAGACGCGGUCUGAUCGGGGCCUAACUGUGUCCUGUACUGGGUCUGAUAGCAUGUGGUCAGCUUUACCUUUACCUUAAAUAGUGUAGGAACUUUAAAGGAUAAUGCUGUUUUUUUUUUUUUUUUUUUUGCCAUAUUCAACAAAUCUCAAAAAAGACUACAACCAACAAUUAGUCUGUCUCCAAGUACUUUCUAGCUUUUCUGCCCUGCCUGGGGUAAUUCAUAUGGGGUAAUUAUAUCAGGCUUUGAUGCACACACAAUACUUGUCAGUACAUAUGUUUUUUGUUGGUUUGGGCCUGCACAUGGGAUUUGUUGACAACACGUAAAUACAGAAUUUCAUCACUUAACGUUUUAAGGCUAAUUUCACAUAAUGCAUCAAGUACACUUCCUUCACCAGAGUCCAGCUAGAAAAGAAAUGUUUUAUUUCCAGUGUAACUGCCAGUGGCGCGGCCUGGUUGAACAUGGCAAGCAAGGCUCAAGCUCAUGACACAAGAAUUAAGUUCUGUGUCACAAUAAGAAUUGGAUAAACGUUUGAAAUAUCUUCUGUCAGAACUGACGCUAUUCUCAGCCAUUCCAUUUAAGAUGCUGAUCACCUCUGGGUGACAGAUUUACCACAGCCUAGGCAGCACGAAGGCCCAAGCUCAGUUCAGAAAUGUUAAUAGAAACUGUUGGACUCUUCUCAUUUUUUAUUAUGAUUAUUAUGAUUAUUAUAAAAAGACAGCAUUUUCUAGCCAAAGGAUGUUUCUACAAUUCAGCUGAAGAGUUCUGUUAUUUUAUUUUUU